GGAGCAGCACAGUCAGUCCCUUGGGCGAAUUGACUGCACACGCCCCAAGCGUCUCUCAGCCCAAGUUUUAGCCGCUAAACUACCCCCUCACCCCCUCUCACCACCACCACCACCACCACCACCAUCAUGUCUUCAGACGAGGAGGAAUACAGCAGCGAGGAGGAGUCUAGCGAGGAGGAGGAGGAGGACCCAGCGGCCAAGGCCAAGGCGGCUGAGGAAGCCAAGAGGAAGCAGGAUGAGAUCAACAAGAGGAAGGCCGAGGUGCGCAAGCGCCUUGAGGAGCAGAGCCAGAAGAAGGCCAAGAAGGGUUUCAUGACCCCAGAGCGUAAGAAGAAGCUCAGGCUUCUCCUGCGUAAGAAGGCCGCUGAGGAACUGAAGAAGGAACAGGAGAGGAAAGCUGCUGAGAGGCGCAAGAUCAUUGACCAGCGCUGUGGCCAACCCAAGAACCUCGAUGGUGCUAACGAGGAUAAACUUAGGGAAAUCUGCAAGGCAUACCACGAGCGUUUGUUCCUUUGUGAGUCCCAGAAAUGGGACCUUGAGUAUGAAGUCCGCAGGAGAGAUUACGAGAUCAACGAACUCAACAUUCAGGUCAACGAUCUUCGCGGCAAAUUCAUCAAGCCCACCCUGAAGAAGGUCUCCAAGUACGAGAAUAAGUUCGCCAAGCUGCAGAAGAAGGCCGCUGAAUUCAACUUCAGGAACCAGCUCAAGACUGUCAAGAAGAAGGAGUUCGAGCUUGAGGACGACAAGGAGAAGACCACCAAGCCUGGCUGGGCGGCUGGCGGACCCGGAGCCGCCAAGAAGGAAGGAGAGGAGGGCGCACAUCCGGCGGAGGGUGAAGCCACGGCUGAGGAAGGAGGGGAAGGCGCCCCCGCCGAGGGAGCUCCCGCUGAAGAAACCCCAGCAGAGGGCGCACCAGAGGGGGCCCCACAGGAGGCACCGGCCGAGGGAGCUCCUGCCGAGGGCACCGCUGAGGCUGCUCCAGCGGAGGGGGGCGAAGCUCCCCCCGCUGAGGGCGCCCCAGCGGACGCCCCGGCCGAGGCUCCCGCCGAGCCUGCCGCCGAGGCCCCCGCUGAGGCCGCCCCUGCUGAAGCCGCUCCACCCGCUGAAGGUGACGCCCCGCCCGCCCAGGAAGCGUAAAGCCCGCAGCCAGCAGCCGUCAGCAGGAGCAGGAGCAGCAGGGGGGUGAAUGCAGCCGGAGAAGGAAGCAGCAACAAAAUAUACUCGUCUACGUUCCUUGUCCUCGUUUUCUGUGGAGCUUCGCUGUGACGUCAUGCAGUGUCCGGAUCCCUUCCCGAUGAGCUAAGAGGAAGUCAUGACAACCACCAAGUAACAAAGAGAGGAGUGCACCCGUUGAGAGAUGCCAAGAUGGAAUAGAUACAAAAACAACAUCAAGAAGAGCAGGAGUACACCGCCUUUUCACGGUUAAAGGAAGAAAAAUGGAGAUUUUUAAGCCGAAGUCAAGGCCACAGCCGGGACUCAAGGGUGCAUUCGUGCGAGUCAACUUUUUUUUAUUAUUAUUCCAUCAUUUAUCAACUAGGACUAACUCAUAAAUCUUCCUGGACUGACUGUGAACAUCAAAAAAAUACAAAUAUAUAUGAUAAUAAUAAUGGUUAAUAUUAAACCUCCAAAUAAUUUGUAUAACGAAUGACAGUAUUUUUUUCAUGUUUGUCUCUGAAAAGUAUGAUUGAAUGCAUAAGUUUUCAGUUAUUAACACUAAUGAAAUUAAAUACUUGUCACAG